GACUUGAAGAUAGAUGAUUAAAAGAAUAAAAAUUUAUUUUAACUUUAUUAUUCGUAAUUUAAAAUGGCUUCCGCAUCUCCUUUUAAAACAAUUACUGAUCCCGAAAUAAUUAAGAAAAAAAAUGCAUUACGAAAGGCUGUAUCUGAAGAAUAUAUAAAGAAUUGUUCAAAUCCAUAUCGAAACGUAAAAAUGGAAGGUGGCACUCUGUUUGAUGUUGGUGUUCAAAGAUACAUGUCACUAAAAAGUACACAGUAUGAAUUUUUCAAGCCAACUCCUAAGACAUCAUUGCUCGGUAUUCUGUUACUCGUGGUGCCUUACUGCACUUUGACAUAUGUCAUUAAAAAAGAACGUGAUCGCCGUGAAAAUUUAAUUCGUACUGGACAAGUAGCUUAUAGAGAUAGAGGAUUUAAAUUUGCAUAACUUUAUAUUAUAAAAGUUUUUAGAAUUUUUUGGUUCAAUCACCAUUAUAACCAUAAUUGUCUAGGUUACUUAUGUUAGAAAUGCUGAUUGAGUUUAAUUUUCAACUAUUGUAU